AUGAAUGUACAUGAGGAAUAUCAAUACUUAAAUAUUAUAAAGGAUAUACUUGAGACUGGUGCAAAGAAAAGUGAUAGGACAGGUAUUGGGACCCUAUCUAAAUUUGGAACAAUGAUGAAAUAUUCAUUGAAGGAUAAUAAGUUUCCAUUAUUAACCACAAAAAGAGUCUUUUUUAAGGGUGUAGUGGAGGAAUUGCUGUUUUUUGUUAGGGGACAGACUAACAAUUCAAUAUUGAUGAGGAAAGGUGUAAAAAUAUGGGAAAAGAAUGGAUCAAAGGAGUUUUUGGAGACUCUGGGAAUAAAUAGGAGAGAAGGUGAUUUGGGACCUGUUUAUGGAUUUCAAUGGAGACAUUUUGGUGCUAGAUACGGAAGUUGUGAGGAUGAUUAUUCCAAUCAGGGAAUAGAUCAAUUGCAAGAGGUAAUCAACUCGAUUAAAAAUAAUCCAAAUAGUAGGAGACAUGUUGUUGUUGCCUGGAACCCAACAGAUUUACGAGAAAUGGUUCUACCUCCAUGCCAUUGUCUAUUUCAGUUUGAGGUAUCUAAUGGGUAUUUAAAUUGUGCAUUAUAUCAGAGAUCAGGUGAUAUGGGAUUGGGUGUUCCAUUUAAUAUAGCAAGUUAUUCUCUUUUAAUAGUUAUGGUUGCUUAUAUGACAGGAUUACUCCCUGGAGAACUCACUCAUUUCAUUGGAGAAGCGCAUGUAUACCUCAAUCACAUUGAGCAACUAAAAACACAGGUUUUAAGGACACCCAGAUCGUUUCCUAAAUUAUUUGUAGAACCCAAGAGAGAGAUAAAAUGCAUUGAAGAUUUUCAUUUUGAUGAUUUUGAACUUAGGGAUUAUAAUCCACAUGACAUCAUUAAAAUGGAUAUGGCUGUUUAA